AUGGGUGGAGACGAGCACCCUUACGCGCCGGCGGAUCUGCACCUGCCGGGCUUCGUGCCGCUGCAGCUGUCGCAGGGCCAGAUCCUCGCCCCCUACCUGGGCACCUCCGUCUUCGUCGUCCUCGCCGUCUGGCUCGUCUCCGGAAGGUGCCGCGGGUUAUCCAAGACGGACCGUCUGCUCAUGUGCUGGUGGGCGUUCACCGGCCUCACCCACAUCGUCAUCGAGGGGACCUUCGUCUUCAACCCCGGAUUCUUCAGUAAGGAAAACCCCAGCUACUUCGAUGAAGUCUGGAAGGAGUACAGCAAAGGCGAUUCCAGAUACGUCGCUAGGGACCCCGCGACCGUCACGGUUGAAGGGAUUACAGCUGUGCUAGAAGGCCCUGCGUCGCUGCUUGCAGUCUAUGCCAUUGCAUCCCACAAGUCCUAUAGCCAUAUUCUCCAGUUCACCGUCUGCCUGGGCCAACUCUACGGGUGCCUUGUUUACUUCAUCACUGCGUACUUGGAUGGCUUCGACUUCUGGGUCAGUCCAUUCUACUUCUGGGCAUAUUUCAUUGGCGCAAACAGUUUCUGGGUUUGGAUACCAACGCUCAUCGCCAUGAGGAGCUGGAAGAAGAUUUGCGCAGCAUUUCGAACUGAAAAGGCGAAGAAGACAAAAUAA